AUGGCUGAUAUCAGACAAGCAAUAAUGUUUGAUAUACCUGCAAUUCAAGUUUGUGACUUGCUUUGUUUUCCAGAGGAAAACCGUUGGGAUUAUCAUCUUUUUGAAGAAUAUAUAUAUUUUUGGCCACGACUCGUUUAUGUUGCAGAAGACAGUGGUACCGGUGGUAUUGUUGGAUUUGUUAUUGCUCAGAAGAAAGGAGAAGGCACUGAGAGUCAUGGUUAUAUUGCAUGUUUAGGUGUAGCUCCUACUCACCGGAAAUCAGGGAUUGCUCAGAAACUCAUGGAUGCUGCUCAGAACGCGUUAGCCAAAGAAUAUGGGUCUGAAUAUGUUUCUCUUCAUGUUUGUAGAAGUAAUCAAGCUGCCGUUGAUCUUUAUACUGAAAAAUUAGGAUAUACUUAUGAGAUUGCAGCUAAUUUUUAUGAAAAUCGGGAAGAUGCUUAUGUUAUGCAGAAACAACUUUAA